AUGCACUCACCUGCCAGCCGCGGCGGGACAGCAGAGGGCGCCCGCGCAGCGCCCGCCGAGGGGCUCCUCGGCCUCCAUGUCCUGGGAACCGCACAGCCCAUACCGGCCCUGCAAUACCCGCUGCCCCCUGUUAUGAGAACCCCACAGCCCGUACCGGCCCUGCAAUACCCGCUGCCCCCUGUCAUGAGAACCCCACAGCCCGUACCGGCCCUGCAAUACCCGCUGUCCCCUGUCAUGAGAACCCCACAGCCCGUACCGGCCCUGGAAUCCCCGUUGCCCUCUGUCCUGGGAGCCCCACAGCCCGUACCGGCCCUGCAAUACCCGCUGCCCCCUGUUAUGAGAACCCCACAGCCCGUACCGGCCCUGCAAUACCCGCUGCCCCCUGUUAUGAGAACCUCACAGCCCAUACCGGCCCUGGAAUCCCCGCUGCCCCACGUCCUGGGAACCUCACAGCCCAUACCGGCCCUGCAAUACCCGCUGCCUCCUGUCAUGAGAACCCCACAGCCCGUACCGGCCCUGCAAUACCCGCUGCCCCCUGUCAUGAGAACCUCACAGCCCGUACCGGCCCUGCAAUACCCGCUGCCCCCUGUCAUGAGAACCCCACAGCCCGUACCGGCCCUGCAAUACCCGCUGCCCCCUGUCAUGAGAACCCCACAGCCCGUACCGGCCCUGGAAUCCCCGCUGCCCCCUGUCCUGGGAGCCCCACAGCCCGUACCGGCCCUGCAAUACCCGCUGUCCCCUGUCAUGAGAACCCCACAGCCCGUACCGGCCCUGCAAUACCCGCUGCCCCCUGUUAUGAGAACCCCACAGCCCGUACCGGCCCUGCAAUACCCGCUGCCCCCUGUUAUGAGAACCUCACAGCCCAUACCGGUCCUGGAAUCCCCGCUGCCCCCUGUCCUGGGAGCCCCACAGCCCCCCAUACCGGUCCUGGAAUCCCCGCUGCCCCCUGUCCUGGGAGCCCCACAGCCCGUACCGGCCCUGGAAUCCCCGCUGCCCCCUGUCCUGGGAGCCCCACAGCCCGUACCGGCCCUGGAAUCCCCGCUGCCCCCUGUCCUGGGAGCCCCACAGCCCGUACCGGCCCUGCAAUCCCCGCUGCCUCCUGUCAUGAGAACCCCACAGCCCAUACCGGCCCUGGAAUCCCCGCUGCCCUCUGUCCUGGGAGCCCCACAGCCCGUACCGGCCCUGCAAUACCCGCUGCCCCCUGUCAUGAGAACCCCACAGCCCGUACCGGCCCUGCAAUACCCGCUGUCCCCUGUCAUGAGAACCCCACAGCCCAUACCGGCCCUGGAAUCCCCGCUGCCCCCUGUCCUGGGAGCCCCACAGCCCGUACCGGCCCUGGAAUCCCCGUUGCCCCCUGUCCUGGGAGCCCCACAGCCCGUACCGGCCCUGCAAUACCCGCUGCCCCCUGUUAUGAGAACCCCACAGCCCGUACCGGCCCUGCAAUACCCGCUGCCCCCUGUUAUGAGAACCUCACAGCCCAUACCGGCCCUGGAAUCCCCGCUGCCCCACGUCCUGGGAACCUCACAGCCCAUACCGGCCCUGCAAUACCCGCUGCCUCCUGUCAUGAGAACCCCACAGCCCGUACCGGCCCUGCAAUACCCGCUGCCCCCUGUCAUGAGAACCCCACAGCCCGUACCGGCCCUGCAAUACCCGCUGCCCCCUGUCAUGAGAACCCCACAGCCCGUACCGGCCCUGCAAUACCCGCUGCCCCCUGUCCUGGGAGCCCCACAGCCCGUACCGGCCCUGCAAUACCCGCUGUCCCCUGUCAUGAGAACCCCACAGCCCGUACCGGCCCUGCAAUACCCGCUGUCCCCUGUCAUGAGAACCCCACAGCCCGUACCGGCCCUGGAAUCCCCGCUGCCCCCUGUCCUGGGAGCCCCACAGCCCGUACCGGCCCUGGAAUCCCCGUUGCCCCCUGUCCUGGGAGCCCCACAGCCCGUACCGGCCCUGGAAUCCCCGCUGCCCCCUGUCCUGGGAGCCCCACAGCCCGUACCGGCCCUGCAAUCCCCGCUGCCUCCUGUCAUGAGAACCCCACAGCCCAUACCGGCCCUGGAAUCCCCGCUGCCCUCUGUCCUGGGAGCCCCACAGCCCGUACCGGCCCUGCAAUACCCGCUGCCCCCUGUCAUGAGAACCCCACAGCCCGUACCGGCCCUGCAAUACCCGCUGUCCCCUGUCAUGAGAACCCCACAGCCCGUACCGGCCCUGGAAUCCCCGCUGCCCCCUGUCCUGGGAGCCCCACAGCCCGUACCGGCCCUGGAAUCCCCGUUGCCCCCUGUCCUGGGAGCCCCACAGCCCGUACCGGCCCUGGAAUCCCCGCUGCCCCCUGUCCUGGGAGCCCCACAGCCCAUACAGGCCCUGGAAUCCCCGCUGCCCCCUGUCCUGGGAGCCCCACAGCCCAUACCGGCCCUGCAAUCCCCGCUGCCCCCUGUCCUGGGAGCCCCACAGCCCGUACCGGCCCUGGAAUCCCCGUUGCCCCCUGUCCUGGGAGCCCCACAGCCCGUACCGGCCCUGGAAUCCCCGCUGCCCCCUGUCCUGGGAGCCCCACAGCUCAUACAGGCCCUGGAAUCCCCGCUGCCCCCUGUCCUGGGAGCCCCACAGCCCGUACCGGCCCUGGAAUCCCCGCUGCUCCACAGCCUCCGCCCCGGGCGCGGGAGGUACCUCGCAGAGGGCUACACAAAUUAG